AUGUUCCUCCACCCAAUCUUUUUUCUUGAUGUAGUCGAUAAGCACAGUCCCAUCUUCAGUCAAUUCAUGACAAUGAUUAACUGUUAUUGCUGGGUCAUCACACAUUUUCACGUAUUCACUUGGGUCGUCUGUAAUUUUGCAUUGAGAAAGACCAAAAUUACGGAGUGAAAAUCGACCCCAUAAGUUGUUUAAACACAAUUUCGCUUGCGUCCUCUUCCCUUUAUUAAACAUCAUCUUCUCCCUUUCUAUAUUAAUCCCAAACAUUUCCAUACAUUCCUUCAUAAACUUAUCCUCCUUCAACUUGUCCCCUUUGAUGGUGUUGUCAAAGCCUGAUGAGUGAAUUUUUUGGGCCAUAAAUUCACUAAUGUAGGGUCUGAAGAGCGUGUCGUCAUGUUGAUUAAAUUCCAGCACUCUAAAAAGUUUGGUGACCACAUACCCCUCCUUGAGGGCCUCAUUUAGCUCAAUAGAGGUACAAGUGCUAACCCACCCUCUUUGUUGGUCGGUGUGAGGGCAGCAAUAAUUUUCGUCGACAUCUCCUUUAGGGUGCUCUUUUGCACAAGUAGAACACAGGG